AUGGCUUACAAUAACAAAGUAACGGAGGCUGAGAUUGCGGUGACAGUGGUUCUGUUUCUAGCGGUUGCAAUUGCUCCUCAAUGGACAGAGGCACAACCAAUGCCAGAGAUGGAUCCAAUAUGCGCGGUAGCGAUCCCUGAAAUCGUAAAACAUUGCUACGCAAAGAUAAGUGUUUUGCCAACUGAAGAAUGCUGCAAAGAUCUCAAAACGGCGAGCAAGAGGGAAGUGACUUGUCUCUGCGACAAUUUAAUUGCAAACCCACAACCUCUUUUCGCCAACAUCACCAUAGUUUACUUAACCAAGUAA